AUGGCGUUGGUCCUCUCCUGGUCCUGUGACUCGCUCCCUCACAUCUCUUCAGCUAACGCAAAGGUCUACGCUCCUCCUCCAGUCAUCGUUACUGAUCAGAGACUCAUCCCGUGCCGUGAUACAGAAGACAAGAGAAUGGAAGCCAGACCCAAGCUGAAGCAAUAUCAUCUGCAUGGGAUGGAUUCCACAGACUUCCUUAAAUGUUAUUUUGAUGAAGGAAGUGUAUUCAGAGAUGAGUCGGUGGGGUUUGUUAUGGAGACGCUGCACAACGCAUUAGCAACAGGUCACAUUAAAGGAGAAACUCUGAUUGAUAUAAGCAUCGGAUCCUUCGUUCAUCAUCUUUUUGAUAUCAGUGAAUACUUUAAAGAGAUCAUUAUACUAAAAUUAAAAGAGCCAUGCAUUAUGGAACUCAACAAAUGGGUGAACACCCGCACUGGGGCUUUUAAUUGGAAUCAUGCAUCUAAGAUUGCUAUCGGGUUGAAAGGCAUCAGUGACCCAGAUUCUUCUUGUGAAAAGGAAGAAAAGUGCAAGGAAACAAUUAAUCGCAUUGUGAAAUUCGACUUCAGCAACGAAAAUCUCACGGAUCCGGAGGUGUUACCACCAGCCGACUGUCUGAUCUCAGCGUGGAUGCUGGAAGCGGUCUGUCAGGACCAACAAGAUUACAUCAGAAACCUGAGGAAGAUGUCAAAGCUGCUUAAACCUGCGGGAACCAUUAUUUUAAUUGUAAACUUAGACUGCACAUAUUACAUUGCUGGUAAUGAUAGGCUACAUGUACUUAAUAUUGAUGAAAGCUUUGUAAAAAAGGCCCUCACUGAUGAAGGAUUUGUAAUUGGUUGCUGUGAGAUAUUAGACAGAAAAGUAAAAAGUGAUCUCGUUGAUCAUAAGCAAGUGAUAUUCCUUAUUGCUGUCAAAGGGAAUAUGCAGGGUAACUGA